UCGAGCAUUUCUGAAUAGUCAUAGGACACACCACAUUUAAAUAUAUUGAUAUAAUUUAAAUCUCUUUCCUAGUCCUCUCUGCAUUCCUAUUCAUGAAGGUUGCUUGAUUUUUCUCCCUGUCAGUGCCGAUGAUUUUGGAGAGACACUAAAGUGUAGAAUCGGUUUCCAAAACGGUCAGUGUACAAGGCUGUGUGCAGUGCAGCCAGCGCCUUGUAGUGUAGUCUGUACGCUGCAGUGCAGCGUCGGUACAGAGUCGGACUUUCGAGAGCACAUCUCGCAGGAUGCACAUCAAUAUUUCAGACCCUGGUGGUGGUGGAGGAGGAGGAGUGUCAGAGGAGCGCCAAAGCUCCCCACCAGAAGACACCGACGCGUACGGCGACCCUCACUCGCCCGCAAAGAAAGGCGAUGCCAUGAUCAGCAACAUCACGCUGUGGCAGUUCUUGCUGGAGCUGUUGAACAGCGGUCAACAUCAACAUCUGAUCAUGUGGACCGGCAUCGAGGGAGAGUUCAAGCUCAUCAACGCUGAGGAGGUCGCCAAGCUCUGGGGGCUCAGAAAGAACAAGAACAACAUGAACUACGAUAAACUUUCUAGGGCCCUCAGAUAUUAUUACGACAAAAAUAUCAUCAAGAAAGUUCUUGGACAAAAGUUUGUCUACAGAUUCGUCGCAUUCCCCACGGACCAAAACAAACCAGAAGGAGGGAAGCCCAGCACGACUUACCUCACUCCCUCCAUCAAAUUAGAGUCCCCAUCACCAGGCAACAACUCUUCCCCGUACCCCAACAGUGUGCCCACUCUGGCCAGUCCAUAUUCACCAAGCACCUCCUCACCAUCGCCCCAACCGUCGCUACUAAACCCGCCGCCUAGCAUUACCCCGACGGCGCCUUCCUCAGUACCUGCGGUGGCGGCUGCAAUGUCCUCAACCCACAUCGAAGUUACGGCCGCGUCCCCGCAAGCUGGGGGAUACUCGGCCUCAUCUUCCCCUCACUACCUCACACCACCGCCACCUGCCCAUCUCCACCACAUGAAUCCUUCUCAGCUGAAUGCCCAUCACCUGAAUUUCCAAUUCUACUCAAAAUGCUUGACUGCUGCUGCGUAUGCGAUGCAGAACUCUGUUGUUGCAGCUGCAAUGCAGCAAACCCAGCAUCAACAGCAAAGCUUUGGAAGUUCGUCGUCGCAUGGCACGCCGAGUUUGUGGCCUUCAGAAGAAACGCCCAGACAAGACCCUAGUGACUUGAUCACAUCGCAAGAUACCAAGCAUGAAAUGGACGAAUCUUCAUCUGAGAUGAUCACAGAUAAAGAUAGUUACUCGCGCUCAAAUUCGCCUAUCUCUGAGGAUUGUUCGAAUUCAUCGUCCGCUCCCCUUCAUUUAGUUUCAGAAGAAGCGACUAGAAGAAGGCUUGAUGAUGAAGAGGAAGAAAGAAGACGCAAAGCCGAUGAAGAAGAAAGGAAGAAGUUUAUGCAAAAAAGAUCUCGGUCUCGUUCGCCUCAAUCUACCAUGUCUUCAUCUUCUCCUGCUCAUGAUUUUAAGUCCUCUCCGCCGUCUUCUCCAGAACUACAAAGACGAGCUGGGCUCUCGUCAUGCCAAUCAUCACCGUCUACUUCAUCAGGAUCAUCCAAGUCUCUUAAUGCUACUGUGAGACACAAGUCUGGAAGUAAGCCCAAGCCAUCGCCGCUCUCCAUAGAAAACAUUACCGCCCAUUCGCCUGUCAGAUCUCCACGCUCUCCUAUGCUUCUGUCUGCGUCUAGCUUGAAUACACCUCUAGUGAACCUGCCAUCUCCUCCAUACAGCGGCAUGCACACCAAGAGUCCCUUCAUCCCUCUGCCUUGGGCGAGCUUAUCGCCAUUUGCUGCCGGGUUUUCGCCUUUUGCGACGUCACCUCGCGGUCAACAUCACUUUACGUUCCCAAGUGGACCUUUUUCAUAUUCCUCCUUGACGGCCUCACAAGUACUAUCCCCGCGGCUGUCUAAUUAUGUGCCCGCAUUUGAGUUUCACAUGUCAUCGCCCUCGGAAAAAUCAGUGCCAGUUUUCCAAUGACAUGAUGCGGCCCGCGGACUCACUAGAACUUCACCCACCGACUCGACCACUACUCUCAACACUCCUACCUUAAAUACCCCCACUUUCUUCCCAUCGUCAUCUGCUUCAUCCAAGCGAUCAUUUUCUCCUCUCUUCAGAACAUCCCCUACUUUGUCAUCGGCAUCGACAUCAAAGGCGUCUGGGAGACAAACAUCUCCAUUGUUUACCAGCGAAUCUCCCAUCGUUGGUUCCUCCAAAUCAUCGCCAUCAAGAUACUCGACUUCUUCAGCGACGUUGUUGAAAUUCUCGCCGUCGCCUUGCUCAUCCAAGACUGGCGCUUCCAUACCAGACUUGUUAGCUAUACCUGAGCUUAUGGUAAACCUCAAAAGCGAGUCUCCUACUAACUUGAAAGAUUUAUUGCAACAGUCAGAGGAUGCCAUAGAAUCUGAACCAGUAGUUAAGGAUGAAAUUUCUUCGCGAAAUAGCAACAUUUCGGAAUUGUCUGAGAGAUAGCUCGAACGUUUAAUUUUUGUAAGAGCAUGUUACUAGUAGCAUGAGAACGCUUUGGUAAUCAUAUUGUAUUUUAGAUAUGUCAUCAUCAUCUUCAUGAUCAUUUCUCAAUCACCGCAGUUUUCACUCAAACCCCACCACGUAUUCCCUAGUCUAGUUGAGCUCGCGGGCGCUCGCUUUUUUUAAAAUGUAUGUUCACAUCUUGUAUUUGAACUGCUUUCAACUUCAGUCGUCCUAACUUCAGCCUUUAAAGUUUAGAUUUUCAAUUUACGUUACACUCGAAAUUACUGAACACUCGAAGCAAACAAAAUUAUUAUAAUUGAGCUGUGAAAAUUUCUUUUAUGUCUAUGCUCUUUCCAAUAACUGUGUUCGAGUUGUAUAAAUUAUUUUGGGCCAAAUUAUUAUCGAAAUUUAACGUAUUUUGCUGCCUAACUCGUCCAUUUAUUAUGUGAUGAUGAGUCGCUAAGACAUUGAAACCGAGCCUAUCAAUAUCGAACUGUCUAGGAGUUUUUAUUGACAUUGUAUCUAUUUUAAGCGUUACUUACUUGAUAAAUAGUCUGUACCUACCUAUAAAAUAGAUUGUUACUGUGCGCAAUGUCCUUCAUGGCAGGAGAUUUUUUAGAUUCUGAGUUUUAAAUAUAGCAAAAGUUCAAAAUGUUUGUCGGGCACAAACAGAGAACUUUCUCAAUUCGAGCUGUCAUUUUAAAUAAUUUAAUCGUUUCGAGGCAUUGUAGAUUUUUAGAAUGAUGCAUUAUAGUGUCCCGGGUUUGUUUUCAAAUUAUUCGCUUGUUGCGUAUGUUGUUACUGAAAGCAAACUUUUCAUCAUCUAGCAUAUGGUUUGUUUCGUUACCUUGAGGUCUGCGGAAAUGCUAAUUUUAUCAUAACUUGAAUAAAAAUAAUGGCAUAGGGUUUGUUCUAACACUAAUACGGAUUAUUCUAAUCAUUAAUGGAAGGUACCCACCUUUAACGAACAUUGUCUGGGCUACAAAAUAUAUUAUUCUAACGAUGCUGUUCGUCUAUUACGUAUGAUUUCUUUCUACACAAGUUGAUCGAUUAUUAGCAGGGAAACAUCUACUGUGCCUUUUGUCGUGCCUGUAAAUGUUAGUUAGAAUUGUCAUUGCAAACGUUAAUAGUAGCAGGCGAUUGGAAUGAAAAUGAUAGAUUUGUAAGUGAUAUAUUUGUGCAAAUUUUUUUGGUGAAGGUUAUGUCAAUAAAUCUACUAUGAUUUAACACAAAUAUGCUUCCGUGUGUGCCUUAUAACGCGUUCGCGACAAGUGAAGGUGACGGUGAUCAACUUUUGCCAAUAACUAUGCCUGUUCAUGUUUACUCUAGAUUUAUUAUUGCCAGGAAAAACUCCAAGGGACUUUUGACGUAUCUUCUGCAUCGAUGUGAUACGUGUAGCUUCGUAAGCGAUACAUUACCUAGCAUUGCAUUUCAGUACAAAACUUAUCUUGUUAGUCCUUUUGUUGUGGUCAGUGGCGACCGCCGAUUUCAAGCUUCGACAAAACUCUUGGACGUAGAACUCGAUGAGCUGUUGAUGCGUAAACUUGCAUGGAAAUUGAGCUUCUUUACUGGUUAUGAAUAUUGUAGUUUUUAGUAUUUUGUAGUCAGCCCAUCUAUCUGACCCUGGAUUGUAAGAAAAUUCACGUAAUAUUUAUGACUUGAAAUUGCGCAUGUGGCGCAUGUUCGGUUGUAAAUUAAAUCUUCUUAAAAAUCAUUCCCGAUUAACACUAUACUUGCGAUCAGACACCAUCUCCAAUGUUGUGUUGGAUUAUGUAUGCCAGAGAAACUGAAUUCUUUACAUUUAUUAAUACCGCAAGGCCGUUCUGGCGAUACUCAAGAAACUAAUUUUUAGGGAUAUCAGCGAAGUGUGCUCAAAUGAUAACGGAUGACGCAGAAAGAAAGAAUUUCUGAACUUCGAGGUGCGAAAGUCGCACAUUUUGUUUCUUCCUGGAAUUUCCACGAAGUUCCCAUCUAAAGACGUGUAUGUAAAUACAGUGUAACAUGAAUCAUACCCCUAGCACUGCUUUGUCACUGCCUGUAAUUUUUGUACAGCCUCAGAGUAGAUACUAUUUUCUCUUGAUGCAUUUUACCUGCAAGGCAAGAGGACUCGAUUUUUUUGCAAGAUGCUGCUGGUGCUUUUUGGUAUUACUUGUUAGCUUCUCACAUGUUGGGUUAUGAAAAUCUUCAAAUCGGAUAGAACUUUAGGAGAGUUUUUCGUAACGUUUUUCAGUUAUAAAUAUUUUAGUAUUUUAGGAAAAGCAAACCAUGACUUCAGCGUUGAAAUGAUGCUUCCCAUUUUUAGAGUUCAGUACUGUCAUUGUAGUUAUGCAAGAUUAGUAAACUCGGAUCAAACUUCUAAUAAAUAACUGGGUAAUGCGUCAUAAGAAGUAUAUUAGUCUUAGAACGUUGAAGACUUGCAUUAAAUUUCUUCUUUCCUGCCUUCCGUAAUGUUCAAAUAUUUUUUCAAAUAAUCCUCAAUGAGGGUCGGUAUUAAAAUAGUGAACGUUCUAUUGAAUUUAUGUUCUUUGAUCUCCAUUAUUGUGUCAUGAUUAUUAUAUCCGUGCUGCCAAAUGCGUGCCAGUCAGAAACGUAGUGUUUCGCGUGUCUUCCCUCAGGCUUGCCGCUGGGAGUGCAUUUAUCCUCAGGGCUUGGUUGAUCGCAAAUUUGUACAUUUGCCAGAGUGGUUCAGCAGUGAACUUUUUAAGUAUGCAUCAUGCGUGAUUAAUUUAUUUGAAUUAACGCGCUUUUUGGAGGUCCAAAAAGGCUUUCUCCCAUAACUUCACAGCGUUAACGAGCUCAUUUUGUAGUUUUGUCGCAAGUGCCAGUCGAUUUUAUUUUUUGCAUUCUUUUCCACUGAUUUUGUCACGACUCUUCCCAUUUUAGCGCAGUUCAAAAACGCGAAAGUCCGUUUGGUUAUACUGAAACUUCUUCACAACGGAACGCUCGCAUAUAUGAAAGUGCGUCGGGGAUAAAUUUUUGAAGAUUAAGAUAUUUUUUCUCCUUUUUUACAUUUUUUGCUUUAUGAUAAAUAACGCUUGAAGACAACUGCAGUUUCAUAAGUUAGAAUGUUACGUUAAAAAUAGAAAAACAAGGCAUUAUUGUACAUAUGAUUUUGUGAAUACUUCAGGAUUAUUUUGUUGUUAGCCACGUCGUCGACUAUCGAUAGCAUUAGCAGCACUUCUGAUGAAUGCGAGUCUCCUGUGAGACCUUAAUUUAGAGGUAGCCAAGUUCCGAUCUUCUCACUCCCCCAUAGUUCUUGUAAAUAGAUAUAUUUUAUUGCCGUCAUAUAGGUAAUGAAGAGAAGCGUGUGACUCAUGCUCAUGUCUGGGGACAACUUUGGCACGCACUCCCGAAAUAUUGGCAUACGUUUGAGCUCCGCUUAACUUUGAAUUUUCUUACUAAUCCAUAACGUGGAAGUAUUUACUUCUUCGAAGAAUAGGAACGUGCACCAUAAAAUGUCUUAUGAACCACCACCUACUGUGUGGGACCGUGUCCUGAAUUUGGCUUGAGUUGCUCAAAGUAUCAUUUCAACUCGCCACCCCCAGUCUGGUAUUCAAAAUCGUAUGUAUCGAAUAACCAUUUUUAGCCUCGGAACUUGACGUUUUUAAAUCGUUCUCAUCUGUUAACGUGUUUCUAUUAAACGUAACUAAAUUUGCUGAAGACAAAUUUCAUCUUCGUGCAAAUGAAUUUCGCUGUGGCUUAUUUAUUUAUUCCACAUUUUUCGUAAAUUUAAAUUAAUAUAUACUCUUUACCGUGCUUUUGUCGGGAGGUGUGAAAAUUAUAUUUUCUGGGUGACAAUGUUGUGUAGGUCGUUCUCCAUGGUGAACUUUUCGAAGUGGCUCAAAUAUUGUACUGUGUAUGGUCUUCUAUUGUGAUACAUUGAGUGCCAUUGUCAAUAAAAUGGACCAACUGUAA